GCACUGGACUGCUGUGCCCUCCUCUGUUAAGUCUUCUUGGAAUGCUUCAGAUUCCACUCCUUGUUCUUGGGUUGGUGUUGAAUGUGAUACCACUCACCUUGUCACUUCUUUGAACCUCUCUGGCUAUGGAAUCUCUGGCCAAUUGGGUCCUGAAAUUGCUUAUUUGGAGCACUUGCGUACCAUUGAUCUGAGCUAUAAUGCUUUCUUUGGCUCUAUUCCUUCUCAACUCGUAAAUUGCACUCUUCUUGAUUACUUGGACCUGUCCUACAACACCUUUACUGGAGAAAUCCCUUCAAAGAUUGGAAAUUUACACAAGUUGACCUACAUAAGCCUCUACGCUAAUUCAUUGACUGGUAAUAUUCCCGAUUCCUUGUUUUCUAUCCCACAUUUGGACUCCAUUUACCUUUUCCAAAACAGGUUAAUUGGUUCCAUCCCAUCUAGCAUUGGUAACUUAACUAACCUUGUGUCUCUCUUUCUUUAUGACAAUGAGUUGUCCGGGCCAAUUCCGUCUUCCAUUAGUAGCUGUACUAACUUGCAACAACUGUAUUUGAAUGAAAACAAUUUAGUUGGUAGUUUGCCUGAGAAUUUAGAUAAGCUAGAACACCUUGUUUAUUUGGACUUAAGCAGUAAUAGACUACAAGGAAGUAUCCCUUUCAGUUUAGGUGGGAACUGCAAAGAUCUUGACACUCUGGUCUUGUCAUCCAACAAUUUAAAUGGAAGUCUUCCACCAAGUUUGAGCAAUUGUACUAACCUACGAGUUCUUGCUGCUUUCUCUUCUGGUUUAAGUGGCCCUAUACCUGCUUCUCUAGGCCAGCUCACAAAGUUAGAGAAGCUUUACCUUGCUGACAACAAUUUCUCUGGAAAAAUACCACCUGAGCUGGGGAAGUGCCAGUCCUUGCUGGAAUUACUUUUACCAGAAAACCAACUGGAAGGUGAAAUUCCUAGUGAACUAGGGUCACUCAGCCAGUUGCAGUAUCUCGCUCUAUAUUCCAACAAAUUGAGCGGCGAGAUUCCCCGUGCCAUUUGGAAGAUUCAAAGUCUUCAACAUUUUCUUGUCUAUCGGAACAACCUGACCGGGGAGGUACCUCUUGAAAUGACCGAGUUGAAACAACUGAAGAACAUAUCUUUAUUUGACAACCGGUUCACUGGAGUUAUACCUCAAGGUUUGGGGAUUAACAGCAGUCUAACGCUGCUGGAUUUCACGAACAACGCCUUCACAGGUCCUGUUCCACCUAAUCUUUGUUUUGGCAAGAAACUACAGAAACUUAUGCUAGGUUAUAAUCAUUUUGAAGGUGGCAUUCCUUCUCAAUUAGGUAAGUGUGCUACUUUGGCGAGAGUAAUUCUCAAAAAGAAUAAACUCUCAGGUGCCAUUCCAGAUUUUGGUAAGAAUAUAAAUCCUAUUUUCUUGGAUCUCAGUGAAAAUGGCUUCAGUGGGAGAAUACCCCCAAGUUUGGCAAAUCUUGGAAAUGUUACAUUAAUUGACUUAUCAGUGAAUAAGCUCUCGGGGUUUAUACCACCAGAGCUGGCAAACCUUGUCAACCUCCAGGUUCUUGAUUUGUCGUACAAUAGUUUGGAAGGUGUACUGCCAUCUCAACUUUCAAACUGGCAGAGACUGUUGCAGUUUGAUGCAAGCCAUAAUUUGUUGAGUGGAUCGAUCCCAUCCACGUUUGGAAGCUUGGGAGAGCUAUCCAUUUUGAGUCUGAGUGAGAAUAAUCUUUCAGGAGGUAUUCCAACCUCCUUGUUUGAACUCAAGAAGCUGUCUGAGCUGCAGCUUGGCGGAAAUGCACUUGGUGGUGAAAUUCAUUCAGCAAUUGCGACUUCAUCAAGAGAAACACUGAGGUUGUUGAAUCUGAGUAGUAACGGGUUGACAGGUGAAAUUCCUGCAGAGCUAGGGAAAUUUACUUUCCUGGAGAAGUUAGAUGUAGCUGGAAACAAUAUUACUGGAACUUUAAGAAUUUUUGAGGGGAUGCGUUCAUUGAUCUUCGUCAAUGUGUCACACAACCUCUUUUCUGGUCCAGUACCUGCAAAUUUGAUGAAGUUCCUAAACUCAACACCUACCUCUUUCUCGGGAAACUUUGGCCUUUGCGUGCACUGUGAUCCAGAAAAAGGCUCAAAUUGCCCUGAGAAUGGCACUCUAAGGCCUUGUGAUCUCCAAUCAAAAAAUGGAAGACACGUAAGUGGAGCAGAAACGACAAUGAUUGCACUUGGGGUACUGUUAUUUACCAUUUGCUUACUCCUAGUAAUUGCUUACAUGCUUCUGUGGCGCAAAAAUUCUGGGAAAGGAGUUGCAAUCUGUGCUCAAGAAGGUGCUUCAUCCCUGCUUAAUAAAGUAUUGGAAGCUACAGAGAACCUAAAUGAUAAGUAUGUCAUUGGGAGGGGAGCACAUGGAAUUGUAUUUAAGGCCAUCUUGGGUCCAGGGAAAGUGUAUGCCGUGAAGAAGCUGGUGUUUGUUGGUAUAAAGGAUGGAAGCACAAGUAUGGUUAGGGAAAUUCAGACAAUUGGAAAGGUUAGACACCGCAAUCUUGUCAAAUUAGAAGACUUCUGGCUGAGAAAGGAUUAUGGACUGAUUCUUUAUAACUACAUGGAGAACGGGAGCCUUCAUGAUAUUCUCCAUGAGAUUAAUCCACCUGUAGCAUUAGAAUGGAGUGUUCGGUACCGAAUUGCUAUUGGAACUGCUCAAGGGUUGUCAUAUCUCCACUUUGACUGUGAUCCUGCAAUCGUUCAUCGAGAUAUCAAGCCCAUGAAUAUCUUGUUGGACUCAGAUCUGGAGCCUCACAUAUCUGAUUUUGGCAUUGCCAAGCUUCUUGAUCAGUCUGGAGCAACUUCCACCUCCAAUACCCUCCAGGGUACAGUUGGAUACAUGGCUCCAGAAACUGCAUUUGCAGCUUCAAAGAGCAAGGAGUCAGAUGUUUAUAGUUAUGGUGUUGUCCUGUUAGAACUUAUAACUCGA